CUCUCCUGACAGUUGUUGAGACUUGAGCUCUGGGAAAGCUCUGAGAAAGCCUUGAGCAACGAGACAUUGAGAGACCAGAACAGGUGAUCACGCGGAAAAAGAAGGUUACACAGAAAUAGCCUGGGUUGGAAUCAGUCUGAUCCCCUGCCUUGCUUGUAUAACCAAAGAAGACAGGAUUCCCAUAAGUCUACACAAGUCACCUCAGAUACAGCACCAAGGUUUCGGAAGCCAAUGAAUCGUCAAAAGAAAAAAAGACUUGGGAAAGUAAAGACAGCUAUGUCAGACAGAAGAUCAGAGAGGUCAACUGUCCCUCCUAAGGCACCUUGCAAUCAGAAUGACUCACGAAAAGAGGUGCCAGAGAAUAGUGUUUGCUUAGCAAAAAAAGGUACAAGGAAUUCAACCCCAAGCCACCUUGCUCUACUGGCCAAUAGUAUCCAGGUUUCCAGGGGUACAUCUGCAAAGGAUGUCCGUGAGAAGAGAUUCAAGAGCAAGAGGGGACACAGAACAAGGAAACUGGAGAAUGUCCUCACUGAUCCAGAAGACGUCAUUCUUAUCUCCAGUGAUGACUCUCCAGGGGAUGGCCCUGAGCAGAGAUCUAAGAACAACAGUGGACAAAGAAAGAGGAAACUGGAGAAUGUCCUGACUGAUCCAGAAGACAACAUCAUCCUUAUCUCCAGUGAUGACUCCCAAGGGGCUGUCCCUGAACAGAGAUCCAUGAACAAUGGUGGACCAAGGAAAAGGAAACUGGAGGAUGCUAUGACUGAUCCAGAAGACGACAUCAUUAUUAUCUCCAGUGAUGAGUCUCCAGGGGAUGGCCCUGAGCAGCAGGCCAAGAACAAGAGAGUCCAGAAAACAGAGGCACUGGGAGAUGUCAAAGCAGCUUCCCAGAAGAGCAGCCUGCAGGAUUCAGGCAUGGCCACCUCUGAAGCCACCCCUGGAGCUGCCUCAGAGCUGAAGUUCUCCAGAAGAAGGACGAAGAGGAGCAUAUGGACUGUGGGCCGUAUCGAGGGGACAAAACUCACCAUAAACAAGAAGAGAAGACUCUGUUACCAGCCUGAGGACCUUGAAGCCUUCUACCGACUCCUCGAGGAUCCUGUGGUCCAGAACUUCUUGGCAGCUGACAUUUUCUUCAGAAUGACCGACAAGUACCUGCUGUCCAUGGUGGUGGAGUACUUUGGCCGACUUGGGCUGCCUGGACAUCUCUACAACAGGAUCCACUUCUUCCUGGCCCUCUACAUCGCCUUUGACAUGGAAGAGGAUGACCCCAUAUUCAAGAGGAGCAUCUUUCAGUUCCUGCUGGGCACAGACACAUGGCAGGACUUAUACAAGGACUUCCAAAGGCUGCAGGGAGAGUUCCUUCGAGUCAUAGAUUACCGAGCCUGGCUCACACGACAGGAGUGUGAAGAGAUCCAGAACCAGAACCCACACCACUGGGUCUGGAGCCGGGUGCGACAGAGUGCCCCUUAGGUUCCCAGGCCUGGGGACCAUCAGCAGCUCCUGCCCUUCCCUGCCAUUUCCUCCCUUCAUUAAGAAACCAUAGCUUCUCCUCAUGAAACAAGCACCCUAAGAAUCCACCACCCAUCCCUGGUUAUACAUUCGGGUUGACGGAUCCAGGGAGAAGACGGACCUCAGCAAUGUGAAGCCGGAAACCAGCACAGCCAAUGAACCUCGGGCUUCAAGCAUGGCAGCCUCCAAAGGUCCCUACCUUCAAAAUCCUCCAUUGGUUCCCACAACAGCUUGGAGGGUCCAAGAAAAUCAUUACCUUCAGUGACUGAGGACAGGGAGUUGCGAUGUCACACAAAGAUCAGGAGCCCUGGACCAGAGGAAGAAGAACUUAAGAAGCCAGUACAGGCUCUGGGGUGAAGCAGGGAACUGGGAAAGUGACUGACUCAAGUCAGAGGAUGAGGUCAGGCCUAUCAGCUGGGCAAGCAAUCUCUAUGGAAACUGCUGUCCUAAACCCUCUCACACAGUCUACCGGGGUCUCCAAUGCCGGCUAUUCACACAAGAUAAUGGAGAACUCUCACCAAGGGCUUAUGGGAAACACGGAGACGCUGAGUACAGUCAUGUGGAGAUCUGAGGCCACUAUCAAAAUACGAUAGGAGAAAGGGGAUCCCAUGAAAUGCAGGCUGUUACCACAAUGAAACAAGCUAGCUUGAAAAUGGGGGAGCCAGAAGCAGAAAUGGGUGAGGAAGGGGAAGUGAGGGGAUGAGGGUCUACAGCUCACCCUAACACUGGGAACAAGAUGGUGAAAGCUGAGGAACAGGAAUGAUAGACUCACAGAGGACAAACAGGGCAGAUCCCAGGGUCACAGUGACGUUUACAGACUAGACCACUGCAAGGCAGAUAGGACUGAAGACAAGAAAAAGACCACAUCAAUUCAACACACAGCUGACAUUAUUCAAAUUAUUUCGGGUACAUGGUCUUGGUUACAGUGCUUACAUUGUUAUUUUUGCUAUGAUAGGUUACAGUAUUUUGAUUAUAAUUUGGAUAUAAUAUUUUGUUAAAAUGCUUUCAAAUUGAAAUUUUGUUUAUAUAUGUUUAGUUACAAUGUUUUGAUGUUAUACGCUUUGGUAAUUGUAUUUUAAUCAUAACUUGUUUCUUAAAAUAUUUCAACUGUAUAUCUAUUAUGUUAAUUUGGG